AUGGAAUCGACAAGCCAUUUUGGUGUUAAUAAUGGUACACAAGUGGGUGUCAACAAUGGAUCUAUCACCGCGAACUUUUACUCAGAUCUCACUGUGGUCCGCACCCUCGCCCGCUCUCUCCACCGAUCGCUUGCCACAUCGCGCGAUCCAUUUCAGCAAGUUCAGAAUGAGCUUGCACUCCUUGUUGCUGGUCUUGAAAUCGCCCACAGUCCGUCUUCGCUUGAUGAAAGCGAGGUCUCCACAUCAAUGAAAGAUGAGCUGCGUGGCUGCCAAGAUAAUCUUAAUCUUCUCCGCAAGAUGAAAGUCGACUACGACAGUCGGGAUUCCGAAGUGUCUGAAGACGGGAACUUGAGUGAUUUAGUAGAGAGACUGGCAGUGGUUAGGCUUGAACUCUCAUAUUUCACAACGACGUUGGGUUUCAUAAACACCACCCGGAUAAGAAUAUCACAGGAACAUGUUGUGAGGAUGCUACAAAAGUUUCUUUCUGAUGAUGAGAGCCGAUCCAAAGCAAAAACAAUUGUUUCCGGUCAUUCAACCCUAAGCGAUGAUCGGGGGAGCUGGAGGCAGUUGCGAAAAGAACUCCAAGACGCAGGCAUCAGCCCCAAAAGUUUCUCUGAAAACUUGGACCUCAUUAUCGCAAUAUUCCAGAAGUCUUUUGUAGCUGACAUGCCUGAUCUCGAAACUGUGACUUCAUAUAUGAUCGACGGCCCAGAGGAAUUCUUCAAUUCUCAAUCGGACAUGAGUAGGGCGUCAAUUGUCUCAAACACCAAUGAAAGUACAUCCUCGAUAUGGGACAUGGAUGUUCUACGAAGGCUCGAUGUUCUUGGGGGAAGCGAUCAUCAACGCGUUGACCCAGCCUCCAUUACAGCAACAAAUGACCUGAUCCCAUGUGCUAAAAAAGGAGAUUUGAGGGCUGUCAUACAAAUGAUAGAUGGAGGCUGUGACGUCAAUGCUUUGAAUGAAUUCGGAGAUAGCGCGCUGUCGUUGGCGGCAGCUGAGGGACAUCGGGAUAUUGUCCUGGCAUUGUUUUCGAAAGGAGCUAAGGUCGGGACAAUGAAUCAAAACAGGGAAGGCGCUCUCGUGCAAGCGGCAAGAGCCGGGCACAUUGAAGUACUCAACAUCUUGAUGGCUCAUGUAGAGCCGAUAGAUGAUUAUCAGUACCACAUGGCCUUGGGCGCUGCAGCAGAAAAAGGUCACACAGAUGUUGUGAGGCUCCUGUUGGACCGAGGAGUUGAUCCAAAUCAUCUUGAUGCGGAUGAUGAGGAUGCCAACACACCGCUGUUCAAGGCUGCAGGUAACGGCCAUGACAAAAUUAUUCGCGUUUUGUUGGAUCACGGUGCCAAACCCAAUACUCUGAACUUCUGGAGCGAAUCAGCGAUGUUUGCAGCAUGUCGCUCAAAGGAAGAAAAAAGUGCGCGGCUACUACUGAAAUUUGGUGCUUCCCUCGACCGAAAAGCAGAAAGCAUAGCUGAUUAUCCAUUAUGGAAGUUGUUGCAUGAUGACAGUCAGAUGAGACGAUAG